AUAAUAAAAACAAUAUUAUACUUUAGUCGUCAGCCGAUGCAUUUAUAUUUUCCUGUGUACAACAAUACCUAUCAUAAUAGUAGUACCGCGGGCUAAACCGAGUGUAUUUACUGAGGUUUUGCGUUUUACAGUAUAUUUUAUCUCUCUGUGUUGUUUUGUUAUCGCACGUUUGGCUAGUAAAUUUCGACAUAAUUCGAAUAUUGUUCGUUUGCCGUUUGAAUAACAAUAAUAAAGCUUAAAAUUGAAAUAAUGAAGAAAACGCCGUGUUCGGAAUAGCUAGCCAACAUUAUUAUUAUUAUACUUGUACGGUUUUUUUUUUGUUGUGUGUGUGGAAACCACCUCCGACCAGUCGUUCAAUAUCGAUUAUGAAAAUCAGCUCAACUAUAUUUUUCGGAUAAUAAUAAUAUACUUACGGCCAAAGCCAAGAUAGAAAAAUAUGGUAACGACACACGACACUUGUAUUUCGUCCGGCCGUCUAGCGACUAUCGGCAAAAGUGAUUUCUUGUGACGUUUCACUUCACAAAACAAGUUGAGAAACAGAUGUUGUACAACUACAGUCAAACAUGGUGAAGAAGGCUCGGGCAUUUAUUGCCUUGAUCGCCUUGAUAACUACAGCUAAUUGUGACAUUACAGUUUAUACAAAAAACGAUCAACAGGUUAAUAUCGAGUUCAAAGACGCUCAGUCUACUUUCGGCAGUGAAAUACCCAACGAUGGCAUCAAAGGUUAUAUUUUGAGUGCGUCUCCCGAUGAAUAUGGUUGUCGUCCAUUAAAUCCGCCGCCUUCCUUAGAGGAUAUUUGGUUCGUACUCAUCAAAAGAGGAAAGUGUAAUUUCGACGAUAAAGUUCGCAAUGCCCAAAAGAGCAAUUAUUCAUUGGCCAUUGUGUUCAAUGACAACUCCAGCAGAAUUAUACCAAUGGAUGGAAAAAAUGUUAGCGGCAUAGUGAUUCCAUCAGUUUUUGUUGGAGAAAACACUGGUUAUAUGCUCAAAGACAGCUACCAGUAUAGAAACAACUUUUAUGUGAUAAUAGACAACAAUCAGUUUCCGUUCGAUAUCAAUUUGAACCUGUUGUUACCGUUUGCCGUAAUUGUGGCUGUUUGUUUCUUCACAAUGCUGGGAUUCAUGGUAGUGAAAUGGAUAAAAGACAGGAGAAGGGCAUUCAGACACAGGCUACCGGCGUCUACGUUGCGUAAAAUUCCAGUAUCGACCUUUGUCAAAGGCGACCCUUACGAUACGUGUGCCAUAUGUUUGGACGAUUAUAUGGAAGGAGAAAAAUUGAGAGUGUUACCGUGUGCUCACGCUUAUCACUGUAAGUGCAUCGAUCCCUGGUUGACGCGCAAUCGUCGGUUUUGUCCCAUAUGUAAACGUAGAGUUUACGGCGACAACGAAGAUUUGCACGCUGUCGCAUACUCUUCGGACACGGACAGCGACGAACCCAACGAUAGGACACCGUUGGUUCCGGCUCGUAUCAACAGUUCCAGCACGUUAGGCGUCGGUACAUUCCGAAGUUUUAGAGGACGCAUUUUUGCACGCGGUAGAACGGCCAACACUGUCCCCGUACACCCACCCGUGUUGUCUUCAAUUAACGGGAUCAACAGCGACUACGAUACGGCGUCAUCCCAAACGGACACGUCCGAGUCUAUGUCGUCUGAUUAUCAAAAUUUGUACGAUCCGCCGAUCCAUCAAAUGCGUUCCACACCAAUGACAAGUUCAGCAGACGACAGUGUGUCUCAAGACCAGACGACUAAUACAGAACCAAAUAGAACAAAUGUUCAAAAUCACAUUGUUUAAACAGCUAACCACCCCCAAGUACAGAAAACUAUUUUUUAUAAUUAUUAAUUUUUUUUAAUUUAAACAAUGUAACAAGCUUUUAGUAGAAACUUUUUAAAAGAUAUAUAUUUUUUUACAAUUUAAAAUAUGUUACAUUACAAAUUGUAUUUGUUUUAUCAUUGCGUUGAUUAAUUUUUUUUUUUUUUUUGUAUGCGUAAAAUAUAAUUUUCAACAGCGAGGGUGGGGUAAUAAUUUGUUGACGAUACUGUAAAAGAAGCAAAAUUAAGCGCGGACUUACCCGUUUAAUUGUAAUCGUACACAUCCUAUCCUAUUGUAUGUUUGAUUACAAAAAAAAAAUCCAUUUAAAUUUGUUGAACUACUUGUCAGUUUAUGUGAUAAUUGUUAAUGAAGUCUAGUUUUUUUUUUUUUUUUAAAUAGUUAUUGACAAAAGAUAUUAAAACUUGAAAAUAAAAUAAAAUAAAUAUGUUUAAUUAUAAAAAAAAAAAAUAUUGACCUUAUCAGAUUGUAUGUUCUCUCUUAUUUUCUGAUAACAUUUUUAUUUACUUAUUAGUUAUUGUUAUAUUAGUUAUCUUUUUAUUUAUUUCCUCGUGGUAUUUAUAUAUAUAUUGCUUUGUAAAAUACCAGAGAAAAACACAUGUUUAUUAGUUAUGUUU